AUGUGGAGUUGGAUCGUGUUAUAUGUUCGCCGGAAUUUUUUCCAUCUUUGCUUUGAGUCAAACCUUAAUAGUUCAGCAUCAAAUCUUCAAGACUCAGCUGGAAGGCCAUUUACAGCAUCCUUUUCGGGUCAAUCUGGAUCAAUUCCAGGUUUCCAUCAUUCUGGUUUGCAUAACACUCAUGGAAGUUACAACCUUCCAAGUAUGCCUGGAUCACUUGCACAAAGGAAUGCUGCCAUGAGUGGCCUUCCGUCCUCUGGGGUUCAACAACCUGGAGGUAGCAUUCCUGGGAGAUUCCCUUCAAACAACCUUCCGGUUGCCAUGUCUCAGAUUCCUCAUGCACAUUCAGGUGUCAGUGGUAGAGGGGUGAAUUUUGGCGGAGGUCCGGCAUUUAGUAGCAGCAUGAAUAUUGGUGGUAACAUCCAAGGCUUAUCCGGUGGUAGUCGCAAUUCUGUUCCUGGGAUGUCAGUAUCUCCAUCUUUAGGAAACUCUGGUCCACGGAUCACAAGUUCUGUAGGAAAUAUUGUAAGUGGAAGCAAUAUUGGAAGAAAUAUAAGCACUGGUGGUUUGUCCGUGCCAAGUAUUGCAUCACGGAUGAAUCUGAGUGGCAAUGCUGGGAGUGGUAGUCUGAAUGUGCAAGGAUCCAGUCGAAUGAUGAAUGGCUUGCUUCAUCAACAAGCAUCUCCUCAGUUGAUAAAUAUGCUUGGAAGUUCAUAUCCAACAUCUGGAGGUUCAUUAUCGCAGAACCAAAUUCAAGCAGGAAAUAAUUCUCUUAGUUCUAUGGGGAUGUUGCAUGAUGCCGUUGACACUGCUCCAUUUGACAUAAAUGAUUUUCCCCAAUUGUCUGGUCGGCCUAGUUCUGCUGGUGGUCCGCAAGGACAAUAUGGGUCACUGCGCAAGCAAGGAGUUGGUGUUAACACCAUUGUGCAACAAAACCAGGAAUUCAGCAUUCAAAAUGAAGACUUCCCGGCUUUGCCUGGAUAUAAAGGUAACCCUUCGGAUCAUAAUGCUAUGGAGUUGCAUCAUAAGGAACAACUCCACGAGAAUGUACCUGUAAUGCAAUCGCAGCAGUAUCCUAUGGCAAGGUCAGGCUUUAACUUAGGAAGUAGCUACCUACCUAAUCGUCAACAACACCAGCAAGGUGCUAAUUCAAUUCAAAAGAUUCAGGCGGGACCAACACCACCUGAUCCAUAUGGCUUGUUAGGAUUGCUGGGAGUUAUAAGGAUGAAUGAUGCUGAUUUAGCAUCUCUUGCUUUAGGAAUAGAUUUGACAACAUUGGGUUUGAACUUGAACUCACCAGAUAAUCUAUACAAGACAUUUGGCUCACCCUGGUCGAAUGACCCAGCAAAAGGAGAUACUGAUUUUCGAAUUCCAGCUUGUUACUUCUCUGAGCAAACUCCACCGCUACAGCCCUUACUUUUUCAGAAGUUUCACAUACUAAUACUUUUUUACAUCUUCUAUAGCAUGCCAAGGGAUGAAGCUCAGCUGUAUGCUGCCAAUGAACUGUAUAAUCGGGGAUGGUUUUACCAUAAAGAAGUGCGCUUAUGGUUCACAAGAACUGCAAAUGUGGAACCUCUAGUCAAAACUCACCUCUAUGAACGUGGAUCUUACCUUUGCUUUGACCCAGAUAUCUGGGAUUCAGUCUGUAAGGACAACUUUGUUCUCUACUAUGAGCUGGUAGAGAAAAGGCCAGCCCUGCCUUCAAUAGCACAAAACGUUAGAUGA